GAAAUUGUACAUUCAUCCUCAAUUUAUUAAAUUUAACGUUCUAAACCAACCCAGAAGAAGAUGGGCAUAAGUUGGGCCUAUUAACGUUAAUGUGUUUUACAUCAGCGAAGAGAUAACGGCAAAGUCCCAAUUCGAUCGGAGACUGGGGUUGAUGAUCGGCGACGGACGACUAUGGAGAGAAACGUCGAGAAAAUGCUGAACAAAGUCUCAGUCGCCUUCUUAAGCAUCGGAACAUUGAUAAUGGUGAUUAUGAUUCUCCAGACGCCGAAAACUUGUAUUUCACCAGAAGUUCCGUCGAAACCUCAUACGCAUUUCCCGAGAUCCACCUGCGAUUCAUCGCCUCGGCAGCAUCUUCCUCUUCCGAAGAAGAACGCUAGAACCUGGUCAUCUAAAGCUUGGAAAUCGCGUCUCUCUUCCUUCUCCGAUUACUUCAUUCGGUUUCGCGAUCUCGGAUUUCUUCAGAAUCACACCAAAGCUCUCUGUCUAUCCGCCGGCGCAGGCCACGCUCCGAUGGCUCUUUCUCAGAUCGGAUUAGCUGAUGUGACCGCGGUUGAGUUGGUCGAUUCGGUUCCUCUUGUAAAAAGAGCUGAUCCUCAUAACCUUCCAUUUUUCGACGGUGUUUUCGAUUUCGCAUUCACGGCGCAUCUCGCUGAAGCUCUGUUCCCGUGGCGGUUUGUGGAGGAGAUGGAGAGGACGGUGAGAGGCGGCGGGUUUUGUGUGGUUGCGGUUGAUGAAUGUGGUGGAGACGAAGUUAGAGACGUUUCUAAGUUGUUCACUAAUUCGAAGGUCGUUGAUGUUGCCAAUGUAACUCUACAAGAAUCCAAAAGGACUAGUAUACUAUUCAAAGUUCAAGACUCUCCUACCUGAGAGGAGUUUUAAAAUGACCAUACUUGUUUUGUAUAACUCAAGAAGCAACACAGUUGAUGGAAGCUGCAAUGUUUCUUGCGAAUUCAAGAUCAGCGAAAGCUUUCUCUAUCUUCUCUUUGAAGUUGGGUUCUGAUCUAAAUGUUUCUUAGGAAUCUUGGCGCUUCGGAAACAAGUAAUGAACUAUCAACAACUUUAAAAGAGUUUAGUGGGGUUACAUGCAACUGUACAUGUCGGUGUGUCGGAGGCUGAGCUCCAAUCUCUUUAGAGCUCAACAUAUCAUUGACUCGUUGGUCAUUUUGUUUUCUAGAAAACACGUACAAGCAGAUUUUUUUGUUUUUGAUUUAGGGCUCUUUCUAAAGAUUAUGUGCACAUAUAUUUCAAUACACUUUUGGUUGUAUAUAUUUCUUUUAAAUUGAAAAAAGGUUGAUACAAACAGACUAACGCAACAGGACACACAAGCUUAUCUAUAUAAGCUGCAACAUAUACUUUACCAUACAGAUUUGGAAAAAGAA